AUCCUGGCUGCGGAAGGAUGGCAGGGGCGGUAUGCUGCUUCUCGGACGAGCAGUUCCGGGAGGCUUGUGCGGAACUCCAGAAACCGGCGCUGACCGGGGCCGAUUGGCAGCUCCUCGUGGAGGCCUCAGGCAUAACCAUCUACCGGCUGCUGGACCAGCCAAGUGGACUUUAUGAGUAUAAGGUGUUCGGUGUCCUGGAAGGGUGCUCCCCGGCUCUCCUCGCAGAUGUUUACAUGGACUUAGACUACAGAAAACAAUGGGACCAGUAUGUGAAAGAACUCUAUGAGAAGGAGAGCGAUGAACAGAUGGUGGCAUACUGGGAAGUGAAGUACCCUUUCCCGCUGUCCAACAGAGAUUAUGUCUACACCCGACAGCGGCGAGACCUGGAUGUGGACGGGAGGAAGAUCUACGUGGUCCUGGCCCAGAGUAUUUCGGUGCCUCAGUUUCCUGAGAAGUCUGGGGUGAUCCGAGUGAAGCAGUACAAGCAGAGCCUGGCGAUCGAGAGUGAUGGCAAGAAGGGAAGCAGAGUUUUCAUGUACUACUUUGAUAACCCGGGUGGCCAAAUUCCGUCCUGGCUCAUUAACUGGGCAGCCAAGAAUGGAGUUCCAAACUUUUUGAAGGACAUGGUGAAAGCGUGUCAGAACUACCACAAGAAAACCUAAGGAGGGGACUGGGACCCUGGUAUCCAUGAAGGAUGUCUCUGGAUGUGCUACACCACCUGAGGCUCGCCCUUCCUUUCACACUUCCCAUCUUCAAAGCGCUAUGCAUUCCCAAGCGACCUUGCCUCUGUCCAGCUCCAUCGGCUCCAUUCCUGCCUUCUUUCCCACUGGUCAUACUCAGAGCCAGUUACCUUCUUCCACUAUUGGAUGGGGGCCCAUGCUUGUUUAUGUUUUAUUAGGGAAAAUCCUUAGUGGGGAAAAGGAACCAUUCUGUUGUGCCAUUUUUUUUUGGGGGGGGGGGGAGGGCAGGGGAUGAGUGAGAGGAGGAAGGACGACAAGCUAUAAGGGCAGCCCUUCUUGGAAAGCAGGCUGGCUCACUUCAGGACUCUCUCUCUUGUAACCAGAAGUGGUCUUUGGUCCACAGUUGACCUUCUAUGUUCGAGUAAUAGAGAUACAGGACGUCUGUUCCCUUGAUGCCUCUCUGAUUCGGAUAGGCUGGGGUUUGAGGUGACAAGCAAGUGUGUCCCUCCUUGGAUGGCAUCAGUAGUUGCUGUGAGAUCAGACUCCUCUGAGGAGUGUCCCAGGACUGACUGAGCACAUGCUGAGAUGACCAGGGCUUCCUAAUUGCCCACGUCUGGAUUUUUUCCUUUCCCAUAAUCCCCUGAGAAAAUGCUGCCUCUACCUCUCGAGCUAUGCUUUUGACUGCAAGCCUAAGGUUUCAAAGAUGGCUUGUGCAUAGCCUGAUGAGAGUGUCUUCCUAUGUACUAAGGUGACUUUCCAUUCUAGAGUGUUUGGAGAUGUUGAAGGGACAAUAAUGGUUUACAACGGAGUGAAAUAGAAGUAGUGAUUUGAAGUGCUCUUUGCCUUUUUUUUUUUUUUUCCUCGAGACAGGUUUCUCUGUGUAACCCUGGCUGUCCUGGAACUCACUCUAUAAGCCAGGUUAGCCUUGAACUCAGAAAUCCACCUGCCUCUGCCUCCCAAGUGUUGGGAUUAAAGGCGUGCACCAACAUUGCCCCGCACUUUGCCUUUUUCUUAGGAAUUCUACCUCUUCAAAACAGGAACUCAGAACCCUGCGUUUGAUCCUCAAUUUUUGUAGGAAAAUAUAUCCUGUAGCCAAGACACAGUCUUAAUGAUCUCAGGGAAAAGUUGUAAUCACUCUGGGCAAACCUUGAUUAACGAAUAUGGACACUUAGGAUGCAAAGGCAGAAGAAAGGAAUUUUUUAAGUGGGCUUCCUUAAAGUGUGUGUUUUUUUCUGGAAAGAGAGUUGUGUUCUGUGAAUAAACACAGUGGUUUACACUUCUCUGUGUGCUGUUUCCCUCUUACCUUUCUUUGUGGAGGAAGGAAUUAGUUAAGUUGUCUCUUCUGUUUGCAGGGACACCUGGCCCACCCAGCUCAAGACUAGA